GAGCAGCUGAUUAAGCUGUGCUUUACUGAUACUAAUCACACCCGCCUUUUUCUUCUCUCUCUCUUCUCCCAUGUGAGAGUCACCUUUUCUGCUGCAAAUCAGGGACCAUUUCCAUGAUCUUUCUUCCUCUUCUUAUAAGACUCCAAUGACUGAAUCAUACUCUCACACUAACACUUCUCUCUCUCUCUCUAUCCUCUUCUUUCUUUUCUCUGUUUCUUGCUUCUCUGCUUUGCUUUGAUUCUUCCUUAGAUUUGGAGAGAGAGACACAGUGUGACUUAGAUCCUUGGGAAUGGGUUUACUUGAUUUGCGGUGGUGGUGAGAAAGCUGUGUAAAAUGGGGAUUGCGAGAUUUAGUUUCUUUUUUCCUCUUUCUUUUUGGGUUGCCGUUGCUUUUGUUUUCUUCUGCUGUUUUUGCUCAGUUUCAGCUCUGCCUCAGAAUGGCAGGGUCUCCAGAGAUCCUCUCAAGUUUUUCUUAGGACAGGAGAAUUUGGGGCCAUGGGGAAAUGGGAUGUCAGAGGCUGCUGCAGAAGCACCAGGGCCUUCUGACGAUAGCACGCUAGUGUUGGCAGCUAAGAGGACAAAUCGACCCAACAUUCUUCAUGGGUUUAAGCGCUAUCGGGGUGGUUGGGAUAUCACCAGUCGCCAUUACUGGGCUUCUGUUGGUUUCACAGGUGCUGCUGGUUUUAUUUUGGCUAUCCUGUGGUUUUUCUCAUUUGGAUUGGCCCUUGCACUACGCUAUUGUUGCCGAUGGAGAAUUAACAUUAAAGGCAAAGGAUCAGAUAGAUCUCAGAGGAUUUGUCUCAUAAUGCUUAUAGUGUUCACAUGUGCUGCAGCGGUUGGUUGCAUUCUUUUGUCCGUUGGUCAGGAUGAAUUUCAUGGUGAAGCUUUGCAUACUCUGAAAUAUGUUGUGAACCAGUCAGACUUCACUGUGGAAACACUGAGAAAUGUCACAGAAUAUCUUUCACUUGCGAAGACCAUCAAUGUGGCCCAUGUAUUUCUUCCUUCUAAUGUCAUGGAUGAUAUUGAUAAGUUGACUAUAGAUCUAACUACGGCAGCUAAUACACUGCAAGAGAAGACAAGUGAAAAUUCUGGAAAAAUAGUAAAAGUGUUCAAGGCUGUGCGAUCAGCAUUGAUCACUGUGGCAGCAGUAAUGCUUAUCCUGGCUCUGCUUGGUUUUUUCCUGUCUAUCCUUGGUCACCGACAUGCUAUUCACAUAUUUGUAGUGAGUGGGUGGUUACUGGUGGCAAUUACAUUCACUCUUUGUGGAGUUUUUAUAAUUCUUAACAAUGCAAUUUCCGAUACCUGUAUGGCCAUGGAAGAAUGGGUAGAUCAUCCCCAUGCAGUGAAUGCUCUUAGCAGCAUCCUUCCUUGUGUUGACCAGAGUACGACAAACAAGACACUCAUCCAGAGUAAAGAAGUGAUAAAUGAUAUGGUAAAUGUUGUCAAUACAUAUAUAUACACCUUCGCCAAUGCAAAUCCCUCCCAGGCUGAGUUCAAUUACUACAACCAGUCUGGACCUUCGAUGCCUCCACUUUGUUACCCCUUUGACUCUCAGCUUCAAGAUCGUCAGUGUGGGUCCCAAGAGGUGUCCUUGAGUAAUGCAUCUGCGGUUUGGGAGAACUACAUUUGCAAGGUUUCACCAUUUGGGCUGUGCACAACUGUUGGUAGGGUGACCCCUGAGGUCUACGCGCAGUUGGUAGCAGCAGUUAGUGAAAGCUAUGCUUUGGAGUACUAUGCACCAGUUCUGCUGAGCCUCCAGGAUUGUAAAUUUGUGCGAGACACCUUCGAAGAGAUCACCUCGAACUAUUGUCCUCCAUUGGAAGAUUAUCUGAAAAUUGUAAAUGCAGGACUUGGCCUGAUAUCAGUUGGAGUUUUACUGUGUCUCCUUCUGUGGGUACUAUAUGCAAACCACCCCCAAAGGGAGGAAGUGUUUGUGAAAAUACCCUUGUCAAUAAAAGGCAUCAAUAGCUGCAGGAGCAGUAAGACCAGUUCAAGACAUAACGGCAACAAUGAAGCAUCAUUGUGAAGUACAAGUGAAGUUCAGCGAAAUUAGGAAAUCAAAACAUAUUCAUCUUUAUUCGUUGGAUCGCGUAGAAAGAGAAGAUACCAAGAUGGGGCGAAGUUCCAUUUUGAGUAAUAGGAUAGUGACCACAUGUAUUAUAUUGUAUGGGAUGAAGUAAUAUGUGUUUCCUUUGUGAAUACAAGUUAAAAAUGAGAUGAAAAAUUACUAUAUUUGUGA